CUCUCCGACAACAUUGUCUUGGUGGGGUAUUACUCCGCCGUAGAAAUCAGAUUCUCUUUCUAUAUCACUAACUUCGAAAGAAUCUCGUUUUUAGCUUCUGGAAAGGGAAGAAACAUCGUUAACCUAUGGCAGAGAAGCUAGAGCCGGCAAAGGUCUUGUACUGUGGAGUUUGCUCUCUUCCAGCUGAAUACUGCGAGUUCGGUCCUGAUUUCGGGAGAUGCAAGCCCUGGCUCGUUCAAAACGCACCCGAUCUCUAUCCUGAUCUCCUCAAAGAAGCUAAUGAGAAGGCAGCAGAUAAUGUCUCUGACAAACUCCAGUCCGUGGGAAUCUCUUCAGGUGGCGCUGAUGGUGCACCCUCUUCAUCUCAGUCUACUGGAGGAGGGACAUCCAAGAAGGAGGAAGGGAAACGCCUUCCCGGGGGAAAACUAAAAAAGAAAGAGAGACAAGAAGUUAUUAUCGAAAAGGUUGUGCGCAACAAGCGCAAGUGUAUCACCAUUGUUAAAGGACUAGAACUGUUUGGGAUAAAACUCAGUGAUGCAUCUAAAAAGCUCGGGAAGAAGUUUGCCACUGGAGCUUCAGUUGUCAAGGGACCAACUGAGAAGGAGCAAAUUGAUGUUCAAGGAGAUAUUAUCUAUGACAUCGUUGAGUUCAUUACAGACACUUGGCCCGACGUACCUGAAAGAUCCAUUUUCUUCAUUGAAGAUGGGAAGAAGGUUCAAGCUGGUUGAUGACCCCACCUCCUGAGUCCUGUUUUUUUGGCAUGGCAGGUUCACGUAGACAAAGCUAGUUUCCGAUUCCUCCUAUGUGUUUUGGAGGAAACGCUACGCUAUAAUAACUUACAGCAUAACAUAUAUAUAUAUAGCUUUUUCUUGCUCGGGUUGUGAUAAUUCCUGUUGGUUUCUCCAGAGAUCUCUGUUUGUGACAUUUAAAAUGUGCUUUGAAAUGACGAAUGUGUUGAAUCCUGAUC